UUAUUAAUGUUUACAUUAGAAACUGAGGUUCGUUAAAAAAGUGCAAUGUCGUACGGCAGUUGUAGUUUAUAGUGAACAGUGUUUCAUUUAUUAUUAAUAAUAAGAGCUCGUUUAGAAGAUAUUAAUCAGUUUUAACGUUUUUUCUAGCCAAAUGGGAAAGUAGGUAUCCUUUUUCAAGAAAAAUUCACAAAGAAUGGAGAAAACAAGCCAAAAAAUUACGACGCAGGAGAAUACGACAGCAAAUAGCCAUAGCACGAUAUGAAAUUAAUAAGAAAGAAAUGGAUUUUAGAACAAUUGCGACGUGAGAAUUCGCCAUCAUAUAUCAGAUGGUUGGAUGAGCAAAAACAAGCAGAAGAAUUUCAAAUCCAAGAAGAAGCCAGAAUAGCAGCUGAAAAUGAGGCAGCUUGGUUAAAACGCGAAGAAGUAGCCCAAAAACAAUGGCAAGAAUUACAAGAAAAAUUAAAACUCGCAUGGGAAGCAAGAGCUAAACAAAGAGCUCGUAUUAAAGAGGAAUGGGAAAGAGAACAGAAAAGAUUGAAAGAAUUAAUAAAGCAGAGUGAACGUGAAGCUCAAGAAAGAUUAAAGAAACAAGAAGAGCUGAAACAGAAAAUUGAAAACUUCAUAGUACAUGGCGGUGAAGAACCAGAAGAGUUGAAUAUAAAUUUAGAAACAAAUCCAGGCAAGCAGGUGUGUCCUUUCUUUCAGAAAGUGGGAGCAUGUCGUUUUGGGGACACCUGUUCUCGUAAUCAUAUAAGGCCGGGGAUCAGCAGGGUGCUACUUUUACCAAAUUUCUACUCCCAUUACUGUUUAGAGUCAACAGAAACUGAGUAUGGGAAUGAUGCAGAUUUGGAAUUUGACAGACAAGAAAUUUAUCAGCACUACAAGGAAUUUUUCUUUGAUGUCUUACCAGAAAUGGAAAAAAGUGGUAGAGUUCGACAAUUUAAAGUUUGUUGUAAUAAGGAGCCUCAUUUAAGAGGGAAUGUUUAUAUUGAGUACAAGACCACAAGAGAAGCAGUAACGACUUAUAAGUUAUUUAAUGGACGUUGGUAUGGCGGUAAAAGACUCAAUGUAGAGUUUUGCAAUGUAAAAUCUUGGAAAUCGGCAAUUUGUGGUUUAUAUUUACAAAAUAGGUGUCCAAAAGGAAGUGCAUGUAAUUUUUUACACGUUUUUCGAAAUCCAGCCAAUUUGUUUGCUGAUGCUGAUAAGGACCAGCAUCAUACCCCACCUGCUGAAGAUAUUGAAAGGCUAACGCCCGAUACUAGGCAUUGGAGAUGGUCAGAAUCUCCUGAACGAAUUCCUACUGAAAAUAGAAGUCAUCACAGACAUUUUAGGGAACAACAUUCCCAUUCUAAAUCGAAAAGAUCUCGAACUCGAUCGAGAAAUAAAAAGAGGAAAAGAAGUCACAGCAGAAAUAAAAGUAAAGAUAAGAGUAGUAGAAGUACAAGAAGUGAACAUUCCAACGGCCAUCGCCAUGAACACAGACACAAAAGUAAAAAACAGGUCAACAACGAAAGCAGAACUCCAUCUAAUACAUCUUCUAGACGAUUUCGAAGAUCACAUUCUUAAUUUAAUAAAAAAGUUGUAUGAAUAUUUACUAAUUAAUUAAAGUUUUUUCUUAUUUGA